GGGAGGAUCAGGAUCACAGCUGAGGGAUCCCGCAGGAUGGAAGGGAUGAGUGUGGCUUGUGUGUGAGCCCAAAAAAGAUAAAAUCAAAUAAAAUCAAAUAAAAGGCCGUUGCCCUUGGACGAAUACGGCGGUCGAUCACGUCUGCCGAUCAACGGCGCAGCUUCUCGCGAAUCAAGUGAGGAGUGGCAGCGCUGGCGCUGAGGAGGACGAGGACGAUUCAGAGUUUGGGGAAGGAAAUCGCAGGCCUUUUUGGCGACGUUAGAGUUCUGCAUUCGUCGGCAAGGUUGGUUGGGACCUCACGAUGGACCAACUGGUCGCCAGAGCGUCCAGAGAGAGAGGUGAUCUUGGACGGGAGGUGUGCGACCGUCCGAUUCAUAAAUAGAGAAAGGUAUGCAAGGACUCCUGGCGAUGUGCAAUGUGACCGGACUUCUCAUAGCGUGCUCUCGAGACGACAUCUCGGACCUUGGCUGGUGGCCGGACCAUGGGACCCCGUGGACUACGUCUGGCGAGAGCGACGCGUGAAAAUGCGGAGUAUCUUGGGGCUGAAUACUCCAAGGUUGGGAGAGCUGGGGCAGUGGAUCAAGCAAUCCCAAAUUAAGGCCGGUGGUUCCUCGUCAGGGCCCUUGGAUGACUCGUCAACGUCGUGACUGUUAUCGUCAUGUACUUUGGACUGGAACUUCAAAGAUUUGCCCCGGCGCUAAUGCCCCCUCGAUCGAACUAAUCGACUAGCGCAGAUCUCGGGCUCCAUGCGGGGCGAUGGACUAUCCGAGAUGAGAUCCUAGCCCUGGUAUUGUACUCUAUAGCUAGCAGUCCCUAGUGGGAUCUUGAUCAUCGGUGACAGCAUAUAUCUCUGCCCCAAAAUAUCAUUUUCCCUUUUGGAUCCUGCUUGGCAUGUCUCGUUGACGACUGCAUUGUUAAAUGGCGAGAGGGUCACGUGGGACCAGUCUCUCGAUCGCAUCUUCCCCGUCGAGUUUGUUGAGUCACCAGCCAACGGGAUCCCUCAAUGAUGCCUCUCCAAAGACAUCUAAACUGAAGAGACUGUCCCGUAAUUGAAAAAUGCAUCAUUCGAUUAUGAGCCUCAUCCGGGGUGAGGCCACGCCCUCAAGCUGAAGCUGUGCUGCGCGACCACAAACGCGAUCCUAGAUCGGGUGACGUCAGGAAUCUCGAUCGCCCGAUCGAUGACUGCCGACGCGUUUUGUCCAGGCCCUGAAAUAAGGAGACCACCCGCGCCAAUCAUGGCUACCCAACGCGAUGCGUGUUUUACGUGUUCCUCGUCGCUGCUUCUCCUUGCUUUCUUAUCACUCCUGUCCGUCUCUUCAGACCCUCCCGUCCUUGCAUACCUCCCGUCUCCGAAGAUCUCUCGGAAGCUCACCGAUCCAAGCUCAUCCAUCAACAACUCGAUUUCGUCACAGUGUCCCUUCAAUGGCGCCCAAACGCAAAAUGUCCGACUCGAACGGCCACGGUCCAACUGCGAAUGGCCAUGAUAGCAAACGAGGGAAGCCCGAGAAUCUUCGGCAACCACACCCUAAUGCAAAACGGACAGAGGAGUUUGGAAUCGUCCUGCGCGACUUUUACCCACCGGAGAUGAGCAAUGACCGAUGCAUGGCCUACAAUAAUGGAACUAUUGAACGACCCAUUGACGCGUUGGAAAAGGCGUGCAAAGAAACGGCCGACAAGCGCCGCGCCAUAACGCCGGGCAAGGCGGUGGUUCACUGGUUCAAGUCCGAUCUACGUCUUCAAGAUAAUCGAGCGCUCAGCACUGCCUUUCAGAUUGCCAAGGAGCACCAGAUUCCCUUGAUCACGGUCUACAUUGUGUCGCCGGAAGACUUUGAGGCCCAUCUGACAAGUCCCGCCCGCGUCGACUUGACGUUGCGAACGUUGAAACAACUUCAACGAGAUCUGUCAGAGCUGGACAUUCCGCUGUACGUCGAGAUCCAGGAGAAGCGGAAGAACAUCCCGAAUCGUAUCGUGGAAUUGUGUCAGAAGUGGGAGGCGAAGCAUCUGUGUGCCAACCUCGAGUACGAAGUGGAUGAGCUGCGCCGGGAUGCUAAAGUGGUCCGGCGAUGUGCCGAUCAUGAUAUUAAUUUUACCCCGUCGCACGAUACCUGUGUGGUAACGCCCGGGAUGUUGAACACUGGUUCGGGCAAGCAGUAUGCGGUCUACACACCGUGGUUUCGUUCGUGGUUACAUUUCCUCAAGGAGAACCCGGGCUAUCUGGAGUUGUCCGAAGAUCCCGGGACCAACCCGGGGAAUGCCCGAAAGCAAUAUGCCGACCUGUUCGACUGCCAGAUUCCGGCUCUGCCCAGCAAUAAAAUGCUCUCCGACGAGGAAAAGAAACGAUUCGAAGAGCUCUACCCAGCAGGCGAGCAUGAGGCCACGCGUCGCUUGGAGAAAUUCUUGAAGGAGAAAUGUGGUGACUACGAUACUAACCGCAGCAUGCUGCCCGGAGAGAACACCUCCGUCCUCAGUCCGUACUUCGCGUCCGGGGCGCUGAGUGCUCGCACGGCCGUAGUGACGGCGAAACGAGCCAACAAGAACCAGCUUGAUCGGUACGAUCAGGGCCAUAUGACCUGGAUCAGCGAGGUAGCCUGGCGUGAUUUCUACCGCCAUGUACUUGUGCAUUGGCCAUUUAUCUGCAUGAACAAGUGCUUCAAGCCCGAAGCCACCAACAUUGAGUGGGAAUACGAUAUGGAUCAGUUCCAGGCGUGGUGCGACGGCAAGACCGGGUUCCCGAUCGUCGAUGCCGCGAUGCGACAGCUGAAGCACUGCGCCUGGAUGCACAAUCGCACACGCAUGGUCGUCUCGUCAUUCUUGUCCAAGGACUUGAUGCUGGACUGGCGCCGAGGCGAGCGGUUCUUCAUGGAACAUUUGAUCGAUGGUGACUUCGCCUCCAACCACGGAGGCUGGGGAUUCGGAUCGAGCACGGGGGUAGACCCCCAACCGUAUUUCCGCAUCUUCAACCCACUGCGACAAAGUGAGCGAUUCGAUCCCGAUGGCGAAUACAUUCGACAAUGGGUGCCGGAGCUGCGUGAUGUCAAGGGCAAUGCCAUCCACGAGCCGUACGCCCGGGGUGCCGGUGCGAUCGCGCAAAAGACUGGAUAUCCUCGGCCGAUCGUGGAGCAUGUGGCCAGUCGGGAUCGGGCCCUGGCCCGGUACAAGAGUGCGCUCCAGAAGUGAGGAGAUCUCCUCGGGAAAUUGGGGGUGGAGAGGGGAAAAGAGGAGGUCAUGAGACCCAUCCCGAUCGUUAGCGUCUGGAGUUCGACAUUCCUAAAAAAAAAAGGACCGGAUUCACAUCUCUGGGGGGAUCUGGGGAAAUCGUUGGCGGGCCCAAGCUCGAGAAACCGUUACGACUGUGCCCUUUUCGGGUCGACUUUUCCCUGUAUAAUAAACAUCAAGUCUAUUCCAAUAAAGGCGGAUCGGAAUCAACGUUGUGCACUAAGUAUUUUCCCCCCAGCUAGAAAGGCAAUCCUUUCCAAGCGAACCUCGUGAGUGGACGCAAGCGUAAGACAC